UUAUCGGUUAAAAAUCAUUGAUUAUUUUCGUGACAAAGAAUCCGAGGUUCCAGAAUCGAAUUGAAUUGCACAACAACAACUACAACAGCUUCAGCAUGGGUCAAAUGAUGACAAAAGGUUUAGCCAUGAUAAGCGAAAAAACAACAAUGGCUACAAAAGCAUUAAAACAGCCAUUUCGUUCAAGUCCAUUUCGUCGUGAAUUACGUGAAAAAUGUGAUGAAAUGACAAAACAUCGAAAACAAACACAAAUUGAUGGUGGUGAACGAAUGCCAUCGACCGGAUCGACUGCCACCGCCAAACAACCACCACAGACACAAAAAUCCAAAAAUGAAUGAUUCGAAUCAUUCAAACAAGCAAUGACAAUGAUGAAUGAAUGAAUG